GUGAUGGCGGCCACCAUCCUGUGGUGAGGUAGCGGAUUCUCUGCGGUCGUCGGGGAGUCCCUGGCACCUCCUGCGGGCCCGGUGGCUGGCGCGUGAGGAAGCACCGCGGCCCGAGCUUGCGGGGAAGGCGGCGGGACCGGCGGCGCGGCUAGGGGACGAGGGGCCCGGGACGAGUGAGACUCGGCGGGGCGAAUGUGACAAGCCCCCACCCCCACCGCCUUCCUCCUGAGAGCGCGAGGACCGCGGCCACCCCGGGGCGUCCAGGCCCCGGCGCAGGCACCAUGCAGGUCACUCUGAAGACCCUUCAGCAGCAGACCUUCAAGAUCGACAUCGACCCGGAGGAGACGGUAAAGGCACUGAAAGAGAAGAUUGAAUCUGAAAAGGGGAAAGACGCCUUUCCAGUAGCGGGUCAGAAGCUAAUCUAUGCAGGAAAAAUCCUCAGUGAUGACACUGCUCUCAAAGAAUACAAAAUUGAUGAGAAGAACUUUGUGGUGGUUAUGGUGACAAAACCCAAAGCAGUGACAGCCCCAGUGCCAGCCACAACUCAGCCAUCGAAUGCUCCCACCACGGCUGCAGUUAGCUCUUCCACGGCAACAGUUGUGGCUCAGGCUCCAGCCCCCACCCCUGCUUCAGCUCCCACUUCCACACCUGCAUCUACUACUCCAGCCCCAACUACAGCAUCUUCUGAACCCGCACCUGCUAGUGCAACUCAGCCUGAGAAAACUGCAGAAAAGCCAGCACAGUCACCAGUGGUUACUAGCCCAGCACCAGCUGACAGUACACCAGGAGAUUCUUCCCGGUCAAAUCUUUUUGAAGAUGCAACAAGUGCCCUUGUGACAGGUCAAUCUUACGAGAAUAUGAUAACUGAGAUCAUGUCAAUGGGCUACGAACGAGAGCAAGUAAUUGCGGCCCUGAGAGCCAGUUUCAACAACCCCGACAGAGCUGUGGAGUAUCUUCUAAUGGGAAUCCCAGGAGAUAGAGAAAGUCAGGCUGUGGUUGAUCCUCCUCCCCAAGCAGUGAGUGCUGGAACUCCUCAGUCUCCAGCAGUGGCAGCAGCUGCAGCAACCACAACGGCAACGACAGCAACUAGUGCUGGAGGUCACCCCCUUGAAUUUUUAAGGAAUCAACCUCAGUUUCAACAGAUGCGACAAAUUAUCCAGCAGAAUCCUUCCCUGCUUCCAGCUUUGCUACAGCAGAUAGGUCGAGAGAACCCUCAGUUGCUGCAGCAAAUUAGCCAACACCAGGAACACUUUAUCCAGAUGCUAAAUGAACCUGUUCAGGAAGCAGGUGGUCAAGGUGGAGGAGGAGGUGGCGGAGGUGGAGGAGGCGGAGGUGGCGGUGGAGGUGGCAGCGGAGGAAUUGCAGAUGCUGGAAGUGGGCACAUGAACUACAUUCAAGUAACACCUCAGGAAAAAGAAGCUAUAGAACGGUUAAAGGCACUAGGAUUUCCUGAAGGACUUGUGAUUCAAGCAUAUUUUGCUUGUGAGAAGAAUGAGAAUUUGGCUGCCAACUUUCUUCUACAGCAGAACUUUGACGAAGAUUGAAGGGACUCUUUUGUAUCUCACUCACACCAGUGCAUUACACUAACUUUGUUCACUGGAUUGUCUGGGGUGACUUGGGCUCAUAUCCACAAUAUUUGGUAUACGGUAGUAGGUUGGUGGGGG